AUGGCCUCCUUCUUCAACCUCUUCAAGAAGCGGAAAGCACCGCUCGCUUGCGUAAUGUCCAUCGACCAAGGCCACACUCAUACACAGGCCUGCUACGUGGACAUCAUGCCUCUUUCGGUCGUGGAGCUCUUUCAGUCUCAAGGGUGUGCAUCUUGCCCACCAGCCAUUCCGCUUAUUCAAGACGCCACCAACAACCCGAACCUCCUGCUUCUCACAUACGACGUGACGUAUUGGAACCCGUCAAGCAAGUGGGAGGACACCUUCGGCUCGACACAGUGGGACGCGCGACAACGUCAGUACUUGACUAGAUGGGGAAGAAGCAGCCUCUUCACGCCACAGAUCGUCGUCGACGGCGUUUCUGACGGAAUCGGUGCAACAAAGGACAACGUCAACCAGGUCGUCAUGAAAGCCAUGGAACUGCGAAAUGGCAUGGCUUGGGCUCUUGGUAUUGACAGGGUUGGAAACGACCUGAGGCUCGCGUCAGAGGUAUCGGAGGCGGAUAUGGUGUACGAUGUGUUGAUAGUCGUGUACGAUCCCGUGGAGCAGAUUGUCAAGCCUCGCUCUGGCCCGAACAAGUCCAAGAAGAUCCCUCAUCGCAACAUCGUCAGGGAACUGAUGAAGAUAGGAGAGUGGAAUGGCGGCAUUGCAAGAGUUGCAUUGCCCAACUGGAAGAAGGACGGAUAUGAAAGGGUUGCCCUGGUGCAGGCAGGCCUGGGAGGUCCGAUCAUUGCUGCAUUGAAACUGUAG